AUGCGAUUGUGCAAGUUUGUUAUGUGUGUUACUCUAAUAAUAGCUGUUAGUAAUAUUUAAUCCUUGUUCGAAUAUAAUUUUUAACAUUCGAAAUGUCUAUGAAAGUACAGGAAUUAUUUGGGGGAGCCCUCACUGUUCAUCUUCCAGAAAACGCCAAGGACAUCAGUGACAUUCGCCAGAUUCCAGACAACCAGGAAGUGUUUGCUCACCCAGUCACAGACCAGAGUAUUAUCAUAGAAAUCCUGGAAUAUGUGGACAAAGAUGAUGAAGAAGCGAUAAAGACCCACUUUAGUGAUCUGGCCUCAGACAAUGAUGUUCAGAGUGGAGAUGCCAAUAUUGUUCAGAUAGAAGAAAUUCCUAACACGGACCUUAAAAUGACACAGUGUGACAAUGCCUACUAUGUGCUAGGACAACAGAAUGUCUCCAAAUUUAAUGAGGCAGCCAAAAACACAGUAGAUAUGCACAUUGGUCUGUUCCGCAUCUCCAAAUUUACCUCAGAUAUACUUGUGACCUUCAACAAUCCAUCAUCGAUCAACCCCCAGAGUAGCAGUCAUCAUCCUGUUCCUGUCAGCGCUACCCCCUGGACCCUCGACGACUUCCGGAAUCUUCUGACAUCACUCUGUGUAGUGGAUGAGGGAAUAUUUGGACAGUAGGAAAUUGGGUUUAUGACUUUUUAUCAGUAGUGUUGGAUUUUGUUCCAGAUGAGUGACAGAAAGCUGAUUUCCUUUAAGAAUUUACAUGGAUUCCACAAGUUGUUUACUGCUUCAUGUUCUCUUAGGCAGGGGGAAAAUCAGCAUUUUAAUAUAAUUUUGCUACAGCAUUCUCAAUUUGCAAACUGUAUUUUAGAGAAGGAGGUAAAAUUAGAGCUGUAAUGCAUGGAAUCUGAGUAUCCAGGCAGAUGAUGCUGAUGAAGCAUUUAAUUUUAUAUGUCAGUGUGUUAUCUUUAUGACACACUUACAUGUAUUAAUAUGUUUACAAGAUAUACAUGUCUCUGUAUGUGUGCUCUUUGUGUAUAGUGGUAUAGGGACUGGGACCUUGACUCUUGCUAAUCUAUGUAAUACCACCUAUGUACUCAGUAUUAAUGUAAAAGUGAUAUUGCAUUUGUUGCGGAUACAUUGUAACUAAGAAAUUAAGCUGCAUUCAGUAUGGUGUAUUUUGUCUCCGACUCAUUAUUUUUUCCCUUAAUUUUAAUUAAUGUAAUAUUGUAGUUGACCUUUGACACCCACCUGUAAGUUCCAUCUUACUUUUCCUACCUAGAGUAAAUAGCACUGGAGCAAUGUAACAAUGUGUCAAACAAACAUGUAAUUAUGUUAAAGGCUCUAUCAUGCGCCUAUAUAGGCAUGGCCAUGUGUUUGUUGAAAUAUUCUUAAAAAUAGACUUAAAUGUUAUUGAUGUCUCUGCUUAUAAGCAUAUAAAUUGUAUUUGAAUGAUAUUUUAAGACAAUGUUUUAGAUAGGUUGAAAUGCUGAUCUACCGAUAUUUGAUGACACCAGGACAAGACAUCUAAAUCUGCUCUAGAAGUGUUAAUAGUACAGCUUUAUAUACCAUAUAAAAGAUUUGAUAAUAAUUAAAUAUUCAAUCAAAAUAAAAGCUACACAUAUUUCUGAA